GCUGAUGUUGAUAUAGAGGAUUUGGGGUUCAAUUCUUUUUGGAAAAAGGGAGAUUCCAAGGAAGUGAAAGUAUACACACACAUCUGGAUCACUGAGAUGGAAGUUGAGGAAUGGACAGACUAAAUGGCUUGCAAGUGACACUUGAGAGGGAACAGGUCCCUUCUUAAAGGCACAAAUGCAAUCAGUAAACUUAGCAGCAAAUUCUUAUUAUGUGCCAGAAUCCGAUUCCAGGUUUUACUUGAACUUUGGUGCCGCUGUCAGUGAGGUGGAGAUUGAUGUUCUGACCGGAGAGACUGCCAUUUUGCAGUUGGAUAUUAUUUAUGACUGUGGGCAGAGCUUGAAUCCAGCUGUUGAUUUGGGACAGAUUAAAGGGGCUUUCGUACAAGGAAUCGGAUUUUUCAUGCUCAAAGAAUAUCUUACAAACGAAGAUGGGUUAAUGGUCUCAAAUAGCACUUGGACAUACAAGAUCCCGACAAUUGACACCAUAACUCAGAAUUUCAAUGUUCCUGUGGUAAACAGUGGACAUCACAAAAAACGUGUUCUCUCGUCUAAAUCAUACAAGUUGUUGAAUCUUAACUUGAUUACUCUUUUGGCAGGAUCUGGUGAACCGCCUUUGCUUCUAGCUGCUUCGGUCCAUUGUGCAACAAGAGCAGCCGUUAAAGCAGCACGUGAACAGCUCAAACUAUGGGGCAAGCUCGACGGGUCUGUUUCAGAAUUCCAUCUGGAUGUCCCCGCCAUAUUACCCGUUGUAAAGACACAGUGUGGCCUGGAUUAUGUGGAGAAAUACUUGGAAAGUUUGCUGUCUUAGAAAUCUAACUAAAAGUGCUUCAACAUGUCUCAAAUGAUAUGAAAUAUGUUGCUUGGACUCUCAAAAAUGUUGCCUCUGCCGUGUUGGUUCCUCAAAAAAUGCACUACUUUUGGACGCCGGCACCCGGGUAUAGACAUUUAAUACUUGUUUUUCCUUAAAUCUUCUUAAAGCAUUUGAACUGUUCUGUUUAUAGAAAAUGUGUGAUCUAAAGGUUCUUUGUAAUUCUGUCAAUAUCAGUGUAAAUUUAGAUUGUACAACAAUAAAAAUGAUAUUGUAUUGAACUGAAUGAUUAAUGGAGAAACAAAGAGGAUUGUGAUGCAAGUGA